AUGGGUGACAAUGAAAGAAACACCACUUUGCCACCAACUCAAACCACCACAGAACAAACUAAGCAGUCAACCAUUGAUCUUUAUCACCCAUACUUUCUUCACUCAUCAGAUUCACCAGGAAUGGCCUUGGUGAACAAUCCCUUUGAUGGUAGAGGAUACCAGGGAUGGAAAAGAACUGUGCUGAUAGCACUUUCAGCAAAAAAUAAGGUUGGAUUCAUCACUGGCGCUCACACUGCACCAGAUUCAACCUCAUCAGACUUUCACCUCUGGAGCAGGAGCAAUGACAUGGUCACAUCCUGGCUCCUUAACUCACUUUCAAAAGAACUGGCUGAUAGUGUGAUUUACUCCAGAUCUGCUAAGGAGUUAUGGACCAGCCUUGAGCAUAGGUUUGGCCAAUCUAAUGGAGCUAAACUAUACCACUUGCAAAAACAGUUGAGUAGUUUGGUGCAAGGAAACUCGAACAUUGCAGGGUAUUUCACUUCACUGAAGAGGUUAUGGGAUGAAUUGGAAUCUCUCAACUCUGAUGUAAAAUGCAACUGUGAUGAGAAUCAGAGAGAGGUUUAUGUCAAUCCUCAUUCCUCUACUGAUUCUUCAUCCUUCAUGGUCGCUGAUCAAAACUACAACAACACAAAUAGAGGACCAAGACAAAAUUAG